AUGCUCAACGUCUUCCUGCUCCUCCCCCUCACCACAAACGGCAUCCUACCCAUCGUCCUCGCCUACAUUCUGCUGAUCCGCCACCACAAAGCCACACCCGACAUCACCGUCCUAACAACCAUAUGCUGGAUCCUCGCCUCCGUCGUCUACUGGAUCUUAUACUCCCACGUCAUUCCCAUAAACGGGGAGAUUCAGAAUAAAAAGGCAAAUUACAGUGCGGCGUCGUGGAGGCUGAGGACACUGACGCCACUUAUUUGGGCGGUGUCGUCGGCUUUGCUGUUUGUGGCCGUGGGGAGUGAGGUGAUGAGGUGGCGGAGCGAGGGCAAGUAUCAUGCCGUGGAGCAGGAGGCUGGGGUGAAGGAGGGGGGUCAGCGUGGCAAGGAAGUGUCGAAGCAGGGGCAUGGUACACGAUCGCUGUUUGCGAAUAGGGUAGUGUACGGAAUCGUUUCGGUGGCUUCCUUGGCAGGCUUAGGUAUGCAGCUUUCCUUGCUGUCCGUGUCGUUGUCGCUCAAGAUGACGGACGCACUCGAUUGGACGUUUGGGCAGAUUGUGGCUAUUGCUAUUUGGACGCCUCCGCUACUUGGCUACGUCUAUGACGAGGCAAAGACAUUCAUGCCGGAGAGGUUCAGAGAACCGGAUGAACUGGACUGA